GCUCAGUGCAGACUGGCGCGCUGUGGCUCUACCAUCAUGGCGGCCUCCACUCUCGUUGUGCAGCGUGCACUUGGGAAAGGAAUAAUCCCUCCUUUGGUGGUGAUUUUAGGGGCUACCGGCACAGGGAAGUCGAAAUUAGCGAUUGAGAUCGGGAAACGACUUCAUGGGGAAAUAAUAAGCGCCGAUUCAAUGCAGGUUUAUAAAGGACUGGACAUUAUCACUAAUAAAGUGACCGCAGAGGAGCAGGCAGAGUGUCCUCAUCACAUGAUCAGCUUCAUGGAUCCUCUAGUGAGCAGCUACACAGUGGUGGAGUUCAGGAACAAAGCUGUGUCUCUCAUUGAGGACAUGCAUCGACGGAAGAAACUCCCAAUUAUUGUUGGCGGCACAAACUACUACAUCGAAUCUAUUUUAUGGAAAGUUCUUGUUGACACCGAGGAGAAUGGAACACAGCGACUUCAAAGUGGCUCGUCCAUUCCCAAAGCUGAGCUGGAGAAGUUGGGAGGUCCGGAACUUCACAAACGCCUGAUGGAGGUGGACCCUGAAAUGGCGGCCAUGUUACACCCCAAUGAUGCACGAAAGAUUGCGAGGAGUCUUCAGGUUUACCAGGAGACAGGACUCAAGCACAGUCGUUUGCUGGAGGAGCAGAGAGAGCAAGAUGGAGCAGAUGGUCUUGGAGGUCCUCUGCGUUUCUCGAAUCCCUGCAUCUUCUGGCUGCACUCCAACAUGGACGUUUUAGAUGAGAGGUUGGACAAGCGUGUGGAUCAGAUGCUGUCUUCAGGCCUGAUUACCGAACUGAAAGAUUUCCAUCAGCGAUUUAAUGAGAAGAAAAUCCAGGACAACAGCCAGGACUACCAGCAUGGCAUCUUCCAGUCUAUUGGGUUUAAGGAGUUCCAUGAGUACCUCACUGCUGGAGAAGACAUCAGCCAGGAGGAACGCGAAAAGCUGAAAAGUAAAGGUAUCGAAGCCCUGAAGCAGGCAACACGGCGCUACGCUCGGAAGCAAAACAAAUGGGUUCGCAAUCGCUUUCUCAAAAGGCCAGGUACCAGUGUUCCACCUGUCUAUGGCCUAGAUGUGACAAAUGUGUCCCUUUGGGAACAAACAGUCCUCACUCCUGCCCUAGACAUUUUGGACAGCUUGUGCAAGGGAGAGCAGCCAUCUGUUGAGCCAAUCAGAAUUGAGGGGGAGGGACUACGGAACAAGCGAAGCCACCACAUGUGUGAAGUGUGUGAUAAAGUAAUCAUCGGUGACCUGGAAUGGACAGCUCAUCUCAAGUCUAAAAGUCACCUGCAUCACGUCCGGAAGAAGCGGCGAGCGGAGGAGGCCCCCGAUCAUCAGCAGGGUGUUGGGUCUGAACUCCCAUCCACAGCAAAGUGUCAGAGACGGGCAGAUUCUCCUUCUCACGCACCAGGCUCUGAUGAAUCAGGUGUACUCGAACCAGGAACACACAGGACAAUGGAGGAUGAAAUACAGAUUUCUGAAAAGUCGUAACUUGUAAGGAUUUUUAUAUUAAAGCAUGUGCCUUAUGUCUCAGGAGCGUGUAAGACCCGCAUGGACUAAGAGCAUGGACUAAGAGCGGCUCUGAAACCUGCGCAGCGGAUAUGAUGCUUUUUUUUUUUUUGUGCGACCUUUUCAGUCAUGAUGUUGGAUUAAUACAGUAAUCAUGAACCUCUCCUGGACAUUGUGGAACUUCUAAUGGACCUUGUUGUUGAAUGGCAAGCAAUUUUUAUUUUCUGUUUUCAUCCAUUGGAAAAAAAACAUCAGGGCUGUGCAGAAUAAUUCAAGUUCUGUACGUUUUCUUUUUUGUGCCUUUGCCUUGCCUCACAACGGUCAUUUAGACUUUCUUUUUUGCACAAAUGCUUUCCUUGACUAAACUGUGUAAGCAAAAUUGCCUAUAUGGUACAUUUUAUAAUUAAAGUGCCUUACUAUUUUAAUCCUA